AUGGUGAGACAUCAGAACAUAGUCGCCGAAAAGUUUGACAAUGACGAGGGAGCCAUUUUGCAAGGCAAAACGACAGAAGAAAUGGAGUUGGAAGAAUUUGAAGCAUUCAAAAGCUUUAGGGUUAUGAGGAAAUUACAAAGUGAAAGACAACUCCAGAAAGAGAACGAAUGGGAUCGAGUUUCAUUCCACACAGCCCAAACAGAAGACUCUGACGAAGAAGAAAAGGAGUCAGGCCCUCGCGAAAAAAGAUCAAGCAAGAAGGAGAGAAAUGUAGGUUGA